UAUCUUGUUUCAUCUGCUUUUCUUCCUCCACAAUUCCGUUUGUUGCUUCGGCCUAGCGUUUUCCCGCCCCUUCGUUCAGUGCCCAUCACUUAUCGAUACCCACUCCGUGCCCGCAGAGCUUGAUUUGUCCCGAAAGGCCCCACCACCAUCGUCACUUUGCCAGUGCCAUAUUGCCAUAAUAAGAACACCGCCAUAAGAUGGAUGUCGCGAACGGUACUGGCACCGAGCAGGCGAUGUCUACGGCGGCGGCUAACUCGACGACGCCCAGUAAUGGCAGCGAGUCGGGGGCCGGAGACUUCAAGCUUAAGUUCUGCACAGUCUGUGCCAGUAAUCAGAAUAGAUCAAUGGUCUCUCAUCUUCGCCUUGCGAAUGCAAACUACCCCGUCAUUUCCUUCGGCACCGGCUCCCUUGUCCGCCUGCCCGGACCCUCCAUCACCCAACCUAACGUCUACCACUUCAACAAGACGUCCUACGACUCCAUAUUCAAGGAGCUUGAGUCCAAAGACCCGCGUCUCUACCGCGCCAAUGGCGUCCUGAACAUGGUCGACCGCAACCGCCAUGUGAAAUGGGGUCCCGAGCGCUGGCAGGAUUGGCAGGUCGGCAUGCCGCGCCUUACCCACACAGAUGACCGCGGCAGCGCCGGCGUUGAGGGUGGCGUCGUUGACAUCGUCAUCACCUGCGAGGAGCGCUGUUGGGAUGCUGUCAUCGACGACCUCAUGAAUCGCGGCGCGCCCUUGAACCGCCCGGUCCACGUCAUCAACGUUGACAUCAAGGACAAUCAUGAAGAGGCCAGCGUCGGAGGGCGCGCCAUCCUCGACCUCGCGAACUCCCUGAACGCCGCUGCCGUCGAGGAGCGCGAGGCUGUCGGCGCCGCGGCGUUUGAUAGUGGGAGCGCGUCCAGUCGUGCAAGCUUCGACGAGAGAGUCCCGGACAUCUUGGCCGCAUGGCAGGAUAGAUGGCCACAUCUGCCGGCUGUAUGGACAUUGGCCUGGUUUUGAGCGUGCGCCGGAGGUGAUGACAUAUUGAAGAACGGGCUUUCAUCGUUUCAGCGGGACACAGUACCGAAUUAAACGACACCAUGCAUCACAUUAACGUUAUCCAGUACAGGGCUGCCGUAAGACGUGGCAUCGCCGAUUUGCACAACGGCGAGGCUAAAACGGGCAUGAUUGAUGACACCAAAAAGGAGGAUCUGGCCGGCUUCCACUCACGCACGGCUCGGUCUGCAAGGUUCUCGAAUGAGGCAUUUCACAAGUCGUCGGAGGAACCAUACGAACUUGGGUCGGAAGCUUGAGAAGGGAAAUGCGGCUCGCUUCUAUGCAAAAUCUUCAUCAUUCCUGGGUGGGAGGAGCUCAUACAAUCAUCGAACAAAACGAGGGGAAAAAAAACCAUCACAGUACUGAUAGGCAUGCGCAGGAUAGAGGCCGGCGGCAACGGAGGAAACUGUAGCCGUCGGGGAGUGGCGGCGAUGAGAAGAAAGCGUCAAGCACUCUGUCGUCUUGGUGGGAUGGAUUUGGGACUCGCGCCGCUCUUGGCCGUGUUGUGGACUCGAAGGCGCGAUUCAUGGGCAAGCGUUCAUCGAGGCACAGGGACAUGUCCCAUAAACUCCUCCGGCCAGUGACAAGGGGGGAGAGAAGGAAAGGCUUGGGGAGAUGUACCACACAGACGAACCAUGAAUAACGAACACACAAGCAAUAAU